CCAGAGGGGGUCCGGACCCCCGGUCCCCCCCCCCCCCCCCCCCCGGAUCCGCGCAUGGUGACAUAUCAUGCUUUCUGUUUAUGCAGGUAAACUUGUGUUUGGUUAAAUUGUCUGAGCAGUGUACAAACUCAUUACUGUUUUUUCAGGCAAGGGUGGAAAAAAAGUGGUAGACAAUGAAAGCAGUAACAUUUUUAUUUAAAAAAAUAAACAAUAAGACAAACAUUUCCAGCAUCUUUGGACGGUUCAAAAAUCCCAUGUUAAACAUACGAUAAAGCCCGAAACGCGUGAAAAUGUUCCGAAUGUAAAUCGGGUGAAGUAAGCGCUCUAUAUAUAACAGUUAGAUUAUGCGUCUAGAUUGAUUAAACUGGGCGAGUCUACUUACUUAUUACUUGAGGAUGAAAAAAACGUGUUUUUAAAUGUUGCUCUUAAACAAGGGUGGCGGUUAAACUACUAAAAGUACAACAACAGUUAAUUCACAACAAAUCGUACGGUAUGUUUUUAUAAUCAGUAGAAGCUAGUCGUAUUUACGCUUAUGAGACCUGUUUCACCCACAAGUAAAGAAUUGACAGGUCCAUCAUGAAAUAUUUUCCCCAGCGUGCAAAUACUUGACCUAUUCAAUAUGAUCGCGGCCUCAUCGGCCGCGAUCAAUAACUUGUUUACCUCAUCGGAAUACUUGCUACCCUCACGAAAACGCUUAUACAAUUUUUCUACUUGAUGAAAAUGACAUAUGCAGAUACUUGGUUUAACUCGGCGGUGAAUCGUGAAAAUAUCGGAUCGGAGUGUAUAGAGUAAAAGUGGAUAUGUAUUUGCAAAUACCUGUUAUACUGUACCUCUCAACAAUCUCUGUGGCAGACUUGGACCAUGACCCAAGGCCGACUGUUGAUGACCCUGUUGCAAAUGUCACGACGAUAGAAGGUGAAACAGCAAUUCUGCCAUGUUAUAUAGAAAACCUCGGAAGAUAUAAGGUUGCGUGGUUGCAUCAAGGUUCCCGUUUGAUAACUGUGAGUAGAAAGCGAAUAACAGAUGAUCCUCGUUUUGAACUAGAGCAACCAUUCAAAAGGAAAUGGAACUUAUAUAUCAAGAAUGUUACUUACAGCGACCAGGGACAGUAUAUAUGUCGGAUUAACACCUACCCAUUCACUUCUAAAACAGUGAAUCUUGCAAUUACGGUUCCCGCCAAAAUCAGAAUAGACGUCUCCAGCAAUGAUACCUCUUUAAGGGAAGGAGAAACACUGGCACUGAUAUGCAAUGCAACUGGCAUUCCAAAACCACUCGUCAUGUGGUCCAAGGUUAAUUCAAAUUUCAAUAGUUCAGGAGAGGUGUUGAUAGUUGAAAAUGUGACAAGGUCAUACAGUGGGACAUAUGAAUGUGUUGCAAACAACGGAGUUACUGCAAGAAAGCAAUUCAAAGUGUCCGUCGAGUUCGCACCGGAAGUAACGCUAUUGGCGAAAAGAAUACAUCAGAUAAUUGGGAAAGAAGUCUUUUUAGAAUGCAAAGUUGUGGCUAAUCCGCCUGCAGAAUUGUACUGGCUAAAGGAAAAGGCUAUCUUAGAGGAUAUCGACAAGAAGAAGUAUCAGAUUGAUACGUUCAGUGGUUAUCCAGACGAAACGACAACCACCUUCAGCUUAAAACUUCCGAAUCUUCAAGAAGAUCAGCUCGGAAAAUACACAUGCGUCGCAAAGAAUUCAAUUUGUAAAAAUUUUGAUACUGUUGUUGUACAUGAGUUUUCAGGUAUUAUUACAUCAACAAUGGAAACUACAGAUGUAGAGACUGACCAUUCUGAUACGGUCAACACGAGCAUUCAAGAGAACGAUAACUUUAACGUAUCUACAGUAGCACCAGCAGUAACAGUUCUGGCGAAACGAAUCGGUCAGUUUAGAGGACGAGAAACCAUUUUGGACUGCAAAAUAAUCGCAAAUUCGCGCGCAGACAUGUAUUGGCUGAAAGACAACGCUACAAUAGAAUUCUUUGACAAGGAAACGUAUCAGGUAGAAGAGUAUGUAGGUUGGCUAAGCUUAAGACUACCCAAUCUUCAGACAGAUCAGUUAGGGCAAUAUACUUGCGUCGCGAAUAAUUCACUUGGAAAAGAUUUUGAUACUGUUGUCUUAUAUGAAUAUGCAGGAAAUGCUCCAGUCCAUGACACCUGCUCUAGUUCUAAAGGGGUGCAAAACGAAGUUUCAAGUGGUAGUAACUUUGCAUUUGUCGUUUUGUUUGCCAUGGCAUUUUACAGGAUGAUUAAAUUUUUCUAGCUCAGCCAAUUUUACCUAAAGACAUAUUUUAGUGGUACAGCCCUUGAACGUAAUAGUAAUUGAAAAGCCAUAAACGCUUCGAAGAAACUUCAGGCCUGGAAUCAUUGAACCGUGAAUCGUAACAUUGACUUUGCUACCUGUAGGUGUGAUGCGUGGAACCCUUUGUACCUCUAAUUCAUAGUUUAUGGCAGAUUCAUCACCAUGUUCAAGCUUAUCAUAUAUCGCGUUUCAUGCGUUAUCAUUGUCAAUAUAAUAAUUUCUAUGUUAUAACAUUUUUAAUUUUGUUAUUUUUUAUGUUUGAGUUAACAUGAUCUGAUUUUUUACCUUUUUUGUAAUUACCACUUGUAUUAUCACUGUUUUUAUAACAAUAAUUACCUUGAUAAUAACAUCGUGUUAUUGCCUUUCUAAUCUUGUUAUAAACAGUUCAGUGAUCACAAGUAGUGUGUUACCAUUAAUAUCAGAAACAUUUAUGCCAUUUUCAACAGACCUUACAUAGCUUGAAAGGAAAGUUGGCAGGACUUUCGAAACAUAGUGAAUAAGUAAUAGAAAGUGUAGGGGUUCACGAGAAUAAUUCGCUUUCAGUUUUGUAUCAUGGUCCGCCAAUGUGAACAAAGUAUUCGGCUACUAAUUUUGAUAGACAAGAAAACAUUCCAUUUUAACCGUUGGUACUACCACGUGACAAACGUACCCUAACUGAAAUAGAGAACGGUUUCAGAAAGUUCAACAUUUCCGUACAGUAUUCAAUAUGUAGGCGGGACCUAAGAGAUGUUCUCUUACUUAGUUAGAGUACGGCUUAUAGCCACACCUCUUCCUCAGUUGAAGAAUAUUACAGAUAGAAGUUAACUGUUAUAAUGACACUACAGGUAAACCAUGAUACAAUUAUAAUUAUUUCUAUUUACAUAAAGCCUCAUUUAUGGCUUCUGCUAUUGAUCGGUCUAUAGCUCAACACAAUUUUGCUUGCCUAAAGCCCACACUUGAGGAAACAAUCUCAAUAGUUCUCAAGUCAUGUUAUAAAACACCUUUUUCCUAUCAACAUGAUUGCAAGUUUUUUUAUUACAUCUUUUUAAAGAAGUAUUGAUAACAUUUGUUUAUUGAGUAAAUAAAGCAAAGGAAUGACGAUUUGUAUGUUAUGACAACCAAAACAAAUAAAAACCUAAAAGUUAAGUACGUUAUUUCCUAUGCCUACAUUGCAUACCAGCUAAAACUUUUUUCAGGUAACAAUAAUAUUAUAUGUAGCUAGAAUAUCAGAUAUUUAAGGACUUAUUUGUAAAGAACUACAUAGCUGCUUUAAAAAAGACAAAGAGUCAUUAACUUAUGUAGAAGAAAGUUUCGCUGCAUUAAAUCAAAAUAAAAAUUGUUUUCGAAAUUUUAACAGCAAAUAAGGGCAACUAAUUAAAACAAGAAAAAACGACUGGUUUUACAUUUGCAUGAACACUACAAAAAAGCACAUAAUUCUAUAAUAUAUAAGCGCCUCUUCAAUAUUCAUUGUUGCAGUCUCCAUGCGAAAGUAUCAUAUCACCCAACGGGAAAUAUGAAAAAUGAUAUUACAAUAUGAUAUUAAAUUACUGGCCAUAUCACAUACACAGUAAGCCAAAAUAACGAUUUUUCGUACGAUAUAUCAAAAAGUUGGGGAAUGUUAUAUAUUUUUGAAGUUAAACUAAUGGGACAUGAAUAGGGCAUUUAUUUGAGGUAAAUAAAGACAAAUGUUUACUUAUUUAGUUUCAAUGUUGUUUGGUUUUUGACACAAUUUAGGUCAAACAUGGCGGAUUUUCAGGUAUUAUGUCAAACAUGAGUAAGCACCAGGAUUAAUAUACAAGUUUCGUCCGUAUAUCAACUGUGUGACAUCCACGCGUAAAAUAAUUGUACAUCAUAAGAAGGGAUCCAGCCAACGAGGUGAAAAGUAAGUGAAUUGCAUUUAAAAUAUAGCGACCUUAACCACUCCGCCAUGGAGGCGACUCCUUGAGAUUUUUUUCACGCAGGGAAAACACGCAUUGUAAAUAUGUGACGUCAAUACGUUAUAAGGAAAACGAGAAAAGUUAGUAACUAGACCUACAGAGGUAUUUGUAUCAAAUAUGAAAUAUUUUGUUGACAGAUGUCAAUGAAAUACUAUACUGGGAAUGUAUAAGUAUUAAUUCAAAAUGACAGUUAAAAGUAAGUAUAGGUAGAAGUUAUAUUUUGCUGAUGCACGUAAUUUCUUGUAAAUAAAUAAGGAAACAAUCGUAUGCGAGAAAAAAGUUUUAUCCCAGAAAUAUAAAUGUCACCUACAUGCUUUGUAUUUAAUGGAAUUGACAGAACUUCAUUAGUAAUUUAUGCACAACAAGUUUCAUAUUGUUGGUUAUUCUUAACAUUUCAAUUUUUUAAAUCAACCAGUCAAAAUUCUUAAAUCUCGUACUGGAUCUGCUUCACCGCAUUUACCUUUACUGUUUCAUAUUGGCCUUGAUUUUCUCAUAUUGGUUCAGUAAAGUAUACUACUGACUCAAAAUGUUUACUACAAAAUAUUAUGUAUAUGCUUGCUUUAUCUAAUAUUGUGCCCAAUAUUAGUUGAAAAAAUGCCCCAUGAGAUACUGUAAGUAAUAAUUUUAUUUCUAUAGUUUCCAUUGCUUGUUUGAUUUGAUGCUUCUGCAGAACUUAUAUCCUUACAUUUAUACAUGCUAAGUCUCCUAUUUAUUUCUCAAGUUCUUAAUCCUGCCUACGAUGAAGUGAUACGAGCACCUUGUGUUGGCCACGUGGUCAAAUAUGGAUAAUGUUGAGCAAGUAUAAGCUAAAGCUGCUCAGAACUUCUUUACAUUUGAAAGAAAGAUCUUCUGAAGCAUUCUUACUCCCUUGAAGUCUAUUUCUUGAUAUGCAUUUUAUUAUAUAGUGUGUUGAAUCAUUGUAGUGUAUGUAUCGUAUUAUGUUUAUUGAUUAUAACUUACAAAAUAAUGUUAUAUGGCCAAUGCCGA